AUCUGCUCCCAGUCCUCGACCCCUCCGUCCUCCUCCUCCUCCUCCUCUUCCUCUCUCCUGCUGCUGACCAUGGCCGGAUCCGUCACCAGCGACAGCUCCGCGGAGCGUGUGGGAUACAUCACCCGCAUCCAGAGCUUCAGCGCCUGCCACCGCCUCCACAGCAUCCACCUGAGUGACGAAGAGAAUAAAAAAGUCUAUGGAAAGUGCAACAACCCUCAUGGUCAUGGACACAACUACAAAGUGGAGGUUACGAUUCGGGGAAAGAUUGAUCGUGUCACCGGCAUGGUCAUGAACCUGACUGACUUAAAGAGAUGCAUUGAGGACGUCAUCAUGACUCCACUGGACCAUAAAAACCUGGACAAGGACGUUCCUUACUUUGCCAGCGUUGUCAGCACCACUGAGAACGUGGCUGUUUACAUUUGGGACAACAUGGUGAAGGCUCUGCUGCCCAACCUGCUCUACGAGAUCAAGAUCCACGAGACAGACAAGAACAUUGUCGUGUAUCGAGGAGAAUAGACGUGAUGAUUGUCUACAAGUGCCAUUAAUGACUGCUUGUUGAACAGAUUCCGGUUUGUAAGGCUGAUUCUGGUUUAUUAUGAUGAGUGGUGGAUUAUAGUGAUAAUCUUGCACUUUACACAGACUGUAGCAAAUCCAAAUUUUAAGUUUUUGUUGAAUUUGUAUUCUUGUUAAAGUGACACAAAGUGCAUUUGUCUACUGGUUGUGACCAAAGAUCAUUUAAUUGCUUGCUAAUCUUUUUUAACCCUUUUAAAAAGCCCAACGAAGCUAAAGUAAAUUUCCUCUCGUCUCCAUAUCCUGUUAAUCAUUGUAAAAAACUCAUAUUAAUAAAGUUAGCCACAUUAUGUAAAUCGCUGAAUGUCAAACUAAAUGAUUCUACAACUAAACUUUUCUGAACAGUAAGUUUAGAAGUAGUAUUCUUCAGCUGUUUAAAAAUAUGAACGGGCACUGUUGAGCCUGGCUGUGAAGCAGUGAUGACCAGUGCUGAAAUUAUAAAAAUUAAAUAAAUAAAAGAUAAUUUAUUUGUUUA